AGAAAAAAUAAAUGUUCGUUCGUCGACGAUCUGAUCCACCUGACCCGAUGGCGCCGCCGCCGCCCUCCCACCCAGCACAACCGCCGGAGCCGCCGUUCCUUCAAACCCCAGUUGAGCUCCUCGAGGAAAUCUUCCUCCGCCUCCCCACGGCUGAGGACCUUGCCCGUGCCUCCACCGCCUGCGCCUCCUUCCACCGCGUAAUCGGCGGUCACGGCUUCCUGCGCCGCUAUCGUGUCCUCCACCGGCCGCCCCUCAUCGGCAUGUUUCACAAACCCUUCCUCACAGCCCUGCCUCCGCACCCCUCCGCCCUCGCCGCCCGCGCCUUUGCCGACUUCGACUUCUCGUGCUCCUCCUUCCUCCCCUCCACCGCAGGCCGUGCGUGGAGUCCGAUCGACUUCUUCGACGGACGUGCUCUCCUCGACUGCACCCCGGUAGAACACGGAAGCGGCAGCGCCAUCCUCGUGGGCCCUGACGGCGAGGUGUGCGAUUUCCAGUAUCGCGAAUUUCUUGUGAGGGACCUCGCCGUCUGCGACCCAGUGCACCGCCGCUACGUCCUAUUACCCGCCGUCCCCGGCAACCUGAAAGCGAUGGUCCAUCGAUCGGACCUACUUGGCCUAGAGACUUUCCUUGCUCCCGGCGAUGAUGAGGAGGACCCAUUGUCAUUCAGAGUAAUGUGCCUGGCAGAAUGCAGGAUGCAUCUGCUGCUUCUCGUCUUCUCGUCUUUGGAUGGACAAUGGCAAGUUCAUACUUAUUGCCAAUGGAAUGCUAAGGCUACAUUUGCUUCGUUUGAAAAAUCGGAGAGUGGGCUGUCUUAUCGUAGGUUGGUCCACGGAUCCUUCUGUUGGAAUCUGCAUUUCCUGAACAAGUUGCUUCUACUUGACAAGCACACCCUGGAGUUCUCUGCUGUCAACCUCCCACCUGAACGAAUAUGGAGAAGCCGGUUUGUCAUUGUCGAGGCAGCGGAAGGAGCGCUUGGAAGGCUCACUAUAUGGUAUGAUCAGUACAGUGAAUACGGCUCAUAUAUCCUCACGUACUGCGUUCUGAGAAAUAACCACUGGAAGUCAGAGAAGGUCAUCCCACUGCCCAUAAGCCGUGCGAUUCUGAUUGGUGUUGCUGGGGGAUACCUGCUUAUAGAAGGGUUCUACACCACACCUUCACAAGGGGAGCUAUCACAAGAAGCGCUAAAGUUUGGAUACUUCUCAGUGGACCUGAAGACGUUGCAGGUCGAGCUGUUCGCUGGGCUUAGCAAAUCCAUCUUCCCUGGUCGACUGUAUGCUGGUUUCCCACCGUCAUUGCGUCCGCCAACUGUAUGAGCUGGUCGAGUGUUUCAGCAUACUCUUUGCUUAUCCUUAUUUGA